AUGUGGUUCCUGGUUCUGUGCCUUGCCCUGUCCCUGGCGGGGACUGGUGCCGCACCCCCUGUUCAGUCCCGGAUCAUAGGCGGCUGGGAUUGUACGAAGAAUUCUCAACCGUGGCAGGCAGCUCUGUACCAUUACAGCAAGUUCCAGUGUGGGGGUGUCCUGGUGCACCCAGAGUGGGUGCUCACCGCUGCCCACUGCAUAAACGACAAUUACCAGCUCUGGCUGGGUCGCUACAACCUGUUCGAGCAUGAAGACACGGCCCAGUUUGUCCAGAUCAGGGAGAGCUUCCCUCACCCUGAAUUCAACCUGAGUUUCCUGAAGAACCAUACCCGCCUCCCAGAAGAGGACUACAGCCAUGACAUCAUGCUGCUGCGCCUCGCAGAGCCCGCUCAGAUUACGGAUGCUGUGAGGGUCCUGGACCUGCCCACCCAGGAACCCCAAGUGGGGAGCACCUGCUGUGCCUCUGGCUGGGGCAGCAUCGAACCCGAUAAGUUGAGUCUCCCAGAUACCCUGCAUUGUGCCAACAUCAGUGUUAUCCCGGCUGCCUCUUGUAACAAGGACUACCCAGGGCGCCUGGUGGCCUCUAUGCUGUGUGCAGGAGCAGAGGGUGGAGGCACCGAGUCCUGUGAGGGUGACUCCGGGGGACCCCUGGUCUGUAGGGGAGUCCUGCAGGGCAUUGUGUCCUGGGGUGACGUCCCCUGUGACACUACCACCAAGCCUGGGGUCUAUACCAAAGUCUGCAGCUACUUGGAGUGGAUCAAGGAAUCCAUGAAGAGGAACUAACUAUUUGGGCCUGACACUGUGUCUCUGGCUGAGCACAAGCUCCCACAGCUGGCCAACAACCCCAUCCUGACCUGGGACAGAAGGGACAGAAUCAAGCCAUCCCUCAAGACCUCAUUUGUCCAAGGCCCACAUGUUAGGGCUUGUCCCGUCUUAGGCCAGAGCCGGUGCUCAAGGUCACCUGUUGAAACACUGAGAUAACAAGAGUGCUGAUGCAAGUUUCUCUGUAGGAGUUUCUGUGACUUUCUCCUGGCGAUGAAGGGAAGUGGGAACCAGACACUGGGAGCGGACCCAGAGCCUCUGUACCUUGUUCCUUUUCACCCACUGCCCCGAUGCCUCGGUGAAGAGAAGUGGCUUGAAGGAGGGCUCCCUCCAUUCACAUAUGCAUAGGAUCAGCUGUGUAACCUUUAGGAAAAGACCCAAUGCCCCUCAGCUCUGAUUUCCCCAUCAUAAAACACAGCUCAUCAAAUUGCUUACCUCACGGGGUUGUAAGGGAUCAAAUGAGGAAGUUCACAUGAACUGAUUCAAAUAGUGCCUGGCCCUGGGCAAAUAUAUCUCUGGACCCCAGUGAAAGGACCCAGCACACUCUAGAUGAUCAAGAAUGACUUCAUUUUCUUCGAUAUUUAGCUGUAGGCUUCCUGGUGGCCAGGCAAAAGGGCCAGUGCUCUCCUCCCCUUAGACACACAGCAGAGGCUGGGUUACCCUGUGGCCUACUUUAAUUUUACAGAAGAGCCAAGGGAAUGUGCCUUUGAAUUUAACAUUGAGGCUGCAGAUUUCUGGUUCCCGAUUCUCCACAGAGAUCACCCCAAAAGGUGAUUUUCAAGGUCGCUGAGUGUUGAACUACAUCAACCUGGCUCCUGUGACCUAAAUAUUUUGAAUCAGUCUCUGUGGAGGGGACGCUCUUGACCAUAGAAGGCAGACAGUCUGGUAUUCGUGGAACUUUGGAGGAUAUAACCUUGAGCAUCCAGAUCUGGGGAGCAUGGAGUGGGGGGCAGGGCGUAAUGGGAUUCCAACAUUGCCUGGGGGCAAAAAGAACUCUGGAUUUUGAAAUGUGAGGGAACUUAUUCAGGGAGACCACUGAAACGUCAUCGUUCUGGAUCUGGGGGCACUAGGAUUGUGGUGAGGCGGCAGAAGCUGGGAAUCUACACUCUGGCUCCAAGCGGUGCGGGGAGUUGGAUUCAGAGCCCCACUGCUGGUGUUUGAAGAUAUACCGGGUUUUCGGGUGUGUGACUUUACUUGGGGUUCCGGUAUGCAGGGCUUUGUAUUGGAGGUCAGAGAUUCCUCCACGCUCUGUUUCUUGUCCCCCUCACACCCUCCACAUCCUCUCACUGGCUCUGUCUCCAAGAGCAGGGGCCCAGGAGCUCCAGGCCCUGCCCUGUCUGGCCUCAGGCCCCAGGAAUGCUUCCAGGAUAAUCAGACCCUGCAGAACAACAGGUGCCGCACCCCCUGUUCAGUCCCGGAUCAUAGGCGGCUGGGAUUGUACGAAGAAUUCUUAACCGUGGCAGGCAGCUCUGUACCAUUACAGCAAGUUCCAGUGUGGGGGUGUCCUGGUGCACCCAGAGUGGGUGCUCACCGCUGCCCACUGCAUAAACACAAUUACCAGCUCUGGCUGGGUCGCUACAACCUGUUCGAGCAUGAAGACACGGCCCAGCUUGUCCAGAUCAGGGAGAGCUUCCCUCACCCUGAAUUCAACCUGAGUUUCCUGAAGAACCAUACCCGCCUCCCAGAAGAGGACUACAGCCAUGACCUCAUGCUGCUGCGCCUCGCAGAGCCCACUCAGAUUACGGAUGCUGUGAGGGUCCUGGACCUGCCCACCCAGGAACCCCAAGUGGGGAGCACCUGCUGUGCCUCUGGCUGGGGCUGCAUCGAACCCGAUAAGUGUAUGCCAGGGCCAGACCCUGCAGCCUUUAGUCCAGACAUUUGGCUGUCGGGAGGAGGGGGCUGGGGUCUGGACUCUGGACCUGAGGGAGGACGGGCUGAGGAGUCACCUGGGGUCUGGCCACCGCCCUUUUUCUCUCUGGUCUGUAGUCAUAUAUCCAGAUGAUCUCCAGUGUGUGGACCUCCAACUCCUGUCCAAUGAUGUAUGUGGCAAUACCUACACCGGGUCACAUGCGUUGAGCCCGACCUUGCGCUGGGGCAGUGAUGCAAGAAGGUUCAGACUUAGAGGUGUGAGGUGCCCACGUUUUACUGUGGUGGAGAAGUCAGGGAGGGCGAGGGGGGAGGAAAUCUUAUCCCAGGCCACGCCUUUCUAGGGGAGAGGCCGGUUCUCAAGCGGGGCGUAGCUACAUUAAAUGCUGGAACGCACGCAUAGUGUCCCACCGGGGGUGUGACUGGAUCUCCUGGGGCAGGACUCGCCCUCAGAGAGCGAGGGGUUCCCAACCUGGAGGGCACCUUCGGGGCGUGGCCUGAGAGGGCUAGGUUAGGCACCCAAGGAAUGGCCCUAGCUAGGUCCGGACACCGGGCAGGCUGAGUGCCGAAACCCCACGGGAGGGGGCGGUGUCACACUGCAGGGGUGGGGGCAGCUCAGGCUUCAGUGGGCGGGAACAGAGCUGCAAAGGGUAGGCCCCAGCUCGAGGGGUGGGCUUUCCUCGGAAGGCAAGGCAGGUUCUUUGGGAGUGGGGCGUCGAAGGGAGGUCUCAUCUCGGCACGUGGCCACGAUGAGGGGGCGGGCCCGCUAUCCUGACUGAGGUCACCGGCAGCAUCCUGAGAAGCUCGGGUGCGCCUGCUUAGAGAGUCGCGGAGGUGACUGCGUGGGGCUGCUGCACCGUGUGCUUGCGGUCCGCGGUGGACGGCUGUUCGGACUCGCGUCUCUGGCUCUUCUGCUGCGAGGCCCACCGACGAUAGCUCACCCGCCGCUCCUUGAAGGCCGUCCCUUGGCUCCACAUGCCCAAGUGGUUGAAGUAGUUCAGAGCUCCUGGGGGCCGGGGGCUAGUGGGCGUGGAACUCCGAGCACCGCCCUAGGCCCCGCCUCUUCCCACGAGGCCGCCUCCCCUCGCUCGGGCCAGCCCUCUCCUGGUCCCUUGCCCUGCCUCGAGUUCUCCCUGGCCCCGCCUCUUCCUCCCGAGUCCCCCCCCCCCCACAGACCCACAGCAUCAAGGCACCAGCGCCCCAGCACAGAUAGGUGGUCACCAGGUAGGACACCUGUGGCCUCGGCCUCGGUUAUUGGCCCCUUCUGAUAAUUACGUCUUUUUCGCCCUUCCCUACAUUGCCUACUUUCUGAACAGUGCGAGCCUGCUUCAGCCAAAUAAGCUAAGACUCCAUCUGCUUUGUUUCUGGCAAACUGUGUAUCUUUCACACAUAACCAGAAACCUACCCAGAUUGUAAAAGCUUAGUCAUAUAUACAGAAUAGCAAGAUUCCUGUGGGGUUCAAUCACAGUAUCCCGGUAGAGAGCUGCUCAUGACAUAUCCUUGCCUUCUGGGGCCACAAAAAGAGUCAUAUGACUCUGGCUGUGCCAAUUUCAGUGCCCCACAACCCAGGCCACGGUGACUGGCCCAAAGAUGGGUACAUGAGCAAAGCCAACCAGUCAGGCUCUGCCCUGGGACUUUUUCUAACUGAAGCGGCUAAGGGCUUUUUUCCCCUAGUCUAUAGGAUUGUGAGCCUGUGCCUGAGCCCUGGACCCAGUUUGAAGCGGGCAGCAGAUCUGAUAGAUUAAAACUAAGAAAGGAACACAGACAAGAGUAGAGGAGAAAGAGUUGAGAUGACAUUCAAGUCAUCCCAGAGACUAACCCAUCUUGUGGUUUGGUCAGAAGUAGACAUUUGUGGCAUAAGCCUUAAUGCCCAUCCCCACUCGCACCUCAUCAGUGCAUUGCAUUGCUCUGGCCACUAUAUUGGGUUUGGGGUACUCGUGGGACCCGAUCAUACAAGACUUCUGCCAGAACCUUUUGUGUUCUUUUUCCUGCCUGACCUGAGGCCCACAUUGUUAGCAGUUCUGCCAGUUGUUUGUCCGUCUGCUCUCAGAUCCAUUCCCCACCCUCGCCUGUUCUGUAUUGCAAGGACUACAUUUCUGAGCCUCCUUUGCUCACUAGCUUAGCAGUAUGCUUGGCUAAUGGGCAGCACCAGCAGAAGACUGGCUCUGGAAGAAGAGGACAAGCCAGGGCCUUUAUUUCCCUCUCACUAAUGCCACCACCACCACCACCACCACCUCAGCUGGUGUCUUUAGCAGUAGCCACAUUUUUUUUUUCUGUGACUCUAGCCACCUCUAAGCAAAUCCUACAUGAGUCUAUGCCUUCCAGAUGGCUCCAGCUUCCGGGCUCUGCUAAUACCACCACCUCCCUUUGUUCUGUCUCUAUCUUUACUACCCUCUGAAGCAUCUAGAAUGAUUUCUUUUUUAAAAAAAUUUUUAAGAUUUUAUUUAUUUAUUCAUUAGAGACACACAGAGAGAGGGGUGGGGCAGAGACACAGGCAGAGGGAGAAGUAGGCUCCACGCAGGGAGCCCGAUGCGGGACUCGAUCCCGGGACCCCAGGAUCAUGUCCUGAGCUGAAGGCAGACGCCCAAACACUGAGUCACCCUGGCAUCCCUAGAAUGAUGUAUUUUCUUAACUAGAUCCUGACUUACUACUAUGUGGAAUGAAGCCACAUCAAUUAGUCAAGAAACAGACAAUAAUGUCUGAUGCUAUUACUUGGCUCUUGAAUUCAGCCCUGCCUGAAAGCAUUCCUACUUUCACCCUUUUCCAUUUAGGUGAGACCAUAAAUUUCUUCACUCAAGCCAUUUCAGGUUAGAUUUCCUAUUAUUUAUGAUCUAAAGACUCCUGACUAAUUCAAACCCUUUCCAUAAGUUGGCAAGGAGCACAGGAUUCAAUGCUGCCUGCAUACCAUACUCUAGAAUCACAAUCAAACCCUAACACACACACACACACACACACACACACGCAACCAGAAUUGAAUUUUCACCAAAAAUCUAGAGGGACAAGAACUCCCCAAUCCUGAAAAGUAAUUGGUAAAGUCUCAGAGGCAAAGGUGGACAAAUUAGAACAUAAAAAUUCCAAAUUUCUACACCUUAAGAAAACCCCUCAUAACCUAUAUGUUAUGUUUCUAUGCCAGCCAUAAACAUUGUAUGUUCUUAGCCUUGAAUAAAUGAUUUACUUUUAAAAAGAGAA